AUGGAGACCACCCCGUUAAAUUCCCAGAAGGAGCUGUCAGCGUGUAAGGAUGGAGAAGAUUGUCAGGAAAAUGGGGUUCUACAGAAGGGUGUCCCUGCCCCUGGGGACAAGGCAGAGUCCGGCCAGAUCUCCAACGGGUACUCAGCAGUUCCGAACCCUGGCGCGGGAGACGAGACUCAGCACCCCAUCCCGGCUGCCACCACCGCCCUGGUGGCUGAGGUUCAUUCCGCAGGGCGGGAGACCUGGAGCAAGAAGGUGGAUUUCCUCCUUUCUGUCAUCGGCUAUGCUGUGGACCUGGGCAACGUCUGGCGCUUCCCCUACAUUUGUUACCAGAACGGAGGGGGGGCGUUCCUUCUCCCUUACACUAUCAUGGCCGUUUUUGGGGGGAUCCCGCUCUUCUACAUGGAACUCGCACUGGGGCAAUACCACCGAAAUGGAUGCAUUUCGAUAUGGACAAAAAUCUGCCCAAUUUUCAAAGGGAUAGGUUAUGCCAUCUGCCUCAUCGCCUUCUACAUCGCCUCCUACUACAACACCAUCAUGGCCUGGGCCCUCUACUACCUCAUCUCCUCCUUCACGGAGCAGCUGCCCUGGACCAGCUGCAAGAACUCCUGGAACACUGGCAACUGCACCAACUACUUCUCCGAGGAUAACAUCACCUGGAUGCUGCACUCAACGUCCCCUGCAGAAGAAUUUUACACGCGGCACGUCCUGCAGAUCCACCAGUCGAAGGGGCUCCAGGACCUGGGAGGCCUCAGUUGGCAACUUGUCCUGUGCAUCAUGUUCAUCUUCACCAUUAUCUACUUUAGCAUCUGGAAAGGUGUUAAAACAUCUGGCAAGGUGGUUUGGGUGACAGCCACCUUCCCUUACAUCAUUCUUUUGAUCCUGCUGGUGAGGGGGGCCACCCUCCCUGGAGCCUGGAGGGGAGUUCUCUUCUAUUUGAAACCCAACUGGCAGAAACUCCUAGAGACAGGGGUGUGGGUGGAUGCGGCCGCCCAGAUCUUCUUCUCUCUCGGCCCUGGCUUUGGGGUCUUACUGGCUUUUGCGAGCUACAACAAAUUCCACAACAACUGUUACCAAGACGCCCUGGUGACCAGUGCGGUGAAUUGCAUGACGAGCUUCGUUUCAGGAUUUGUCAUCUUCACGGUGCUGGGGUAUAUGGCUGAGAUGAGGAAAGAAGAUGUGUCUGAGGUGGCCAAAGAUGCAGGCCCCAGCCUCCUGUUCAUCACAUAUGCAGAAGCCAUAGCCAACAUGCCCGCAUCCACGUUCUUUGCCAUCGUCUUCUUCCUGAUGUUAAUUACCCUGGGCUUGGACAGCACGUUUGCAGGCUUGGAGGGGGUGAUCACAGCCGUGCUGGAUGAGUUUCCACACAUCUGGGCCAAGCGCCGGGAGUGGUUUGUGCUUGGCGUGGUCAUUACCUGCUUCUUUGGAUCCCUGGUCACCUUGACUUUCGGUGGGGCCUACGUGGUGAAGCUGCUGGAGGAGUUCGCCACGGGACCUGCAGUGCUCACCGUGGCCCUGAUCGAAGCAGUUGCUGUGUUUUGGUUCUACGGCAUCAAUCAGUUCUGCAGUGAUGUGAAGGAAAUGCUUGGUUUCAGCCCUGGAUGGUUUUGGAAGAUCUGCUGGGUAGCCAUCAGUCCUCUGUUUCUCCUGUUCAUCAUCUGCAGUUUUUUGAUGAGCCCACCACAGCUACGACUUUUCCAGUAUGAUUAUCCUCAAUGGAGCAUCAUCCUAGGUUACUGCAUAGGAACCUCAUCUUUCAUCUGCAUCCCCACAUAUAUAACUUAUCGGCUGAUUGUCACUCCAGGGACAUUUAAGGAGCGUAUUAUUAAAGGUGUCACCCCAGAAACACCGACAGAAAUUCCCUGUGGAGACAUCCACUUGAAUGCUGUGUAA